ACCUGAAAGAGCACAACAUUCUUUUUCUGGUCUUUAUCAGUUGCUGGUGGGAGUUGAUGAAGGUUGUCAUCUCUCUCUCUCUCUCUCUCUCUCUCUCUUUCUAAACUUAAUUCUCUAGCUUAUUCUUGAGCCAUUUUAGCGCCUCCCUUUUUUCGCGCAAAGCUUUUGCAGCAAUCAAGCUUCCGCUUAAAAGAUAAGGAGAGAGAAAGUAUGAGAGGGAUGGAUUGUUAGGGCAUGUGUUAGUUUUGGUUUUUGUCUUUGCGUCCUAUUUAACCCUCUCUCUUCUCUGUGUUUCCAUUCCACAUGCCUUUCCUUUUCCUUUUCCCCCACUUUCCUUUCCUUGGUUUCUUUUCCAUUCCUCGGGAUCUGAUCUCUCUCUCUCUCUCUCUCUCUCGACAGCUACGAGACAGAUUUUGAGGGUACAAUAGUUGGAGUUCCACUUCAAUUCCCGAGGAUCACUUUAUUCUAUCCUAUCUUUCUUGUUCCUCUCUUUCUGUGUUUCUUUGUCUGGUUCGGUGGGCCUGUAAAAGUCUUUUGGCUUUAAGCUGAUAGCUGGAUACGUGGUUGUGUUCAACCAGAUCGGAGGAGAGAAGUUAUAGAUUGGAAGAUUAUCAAGGUUUCAAGUUGUUGCGUGAAUAUGAAUACCUUUUCACAUGUUCCCCCGGGCUUCAGAUUCCAUCCGACAGAUGAAGAACUUGUUGAUUAUUACCUCAGAAAAAAGAUUGCUUCUAAGAGGAUUGAUCUAGAUGUCAUCAAAGAUGUUGAUCUUUACAAAAUUGAACCGUGGGAUCUUCAAGAACUGUGCAAAAUAGGAAGUGAAGAGCAGAAUGAAUGGUAUUUCUUUAGCCAUAAAGACAAGAAGUAUCCAACUGGAACACGCACAAAUAGAGCUACAAAAGCAGGAUUCUGGAAAGCUACUGGAAGGGACAAGGCUAUUUACUCUAGGCAUAGCCUAAUUGGCAUGAGAAAGACUUUAGUUUUUUAUAAAGGACGAGCCCCUAAUGGACAAAAGUCAGAUUGGAUCAUGCAUGAGUAUCGACUAGAGACAAAUGAAAAUGGAACUCCCCAGCAGGAAGAAGGAUGGGUUGUGUGCAGGGUGUUCAAGAAACGAAUGACAGCAGUGCGGAAAGUAGGGGAUCAGUAUGAGUCAGCAUGUUGGUAUGAUGAGCAAGUGUCGUUCAUGCCAGAACUGGACUCCCCAGGGCCUUUUACAUCCUACCACUAUCAAUGCAAGCAAGAGCCUGAGUUUCAAUACAACAUGCCAAAUAAUUUCCUCCAACUCCCUCAACUAGAAAGCCCCAAAAUUAUUCCUCAAUCACUUCUCCCAUAUGGAAGCGCUUUGCAGUGCUCAACCCUCACGCAAGAAGAGCACAUGAACUCAUUCUACAGCAACAGCGAGCAAGCGGUGGAUCAAGUCACUGAUUGGCGAGUCCUUGACAAAUUCGUUGCAUCUCAGCUCAGCAGUGAGGAUCAAGAUGCUUCCAAGGCCACUAGUACAGCUGUUUUCAAUGUGGCGGAACACAUCAAUAUGUUGUCAAAUGACUCCAAAAGGCCAGAAAUUACAGACGAAUUUGCCUCCACAUCCACCACCUUGAUCUGUGCGCGUGGAAGUGAGAAAAUAUACUAUGAUAAUUAGAUGAUGCAUACUAAUCCAGGUUUCUGUACAUAAUAAAACUAAAAAUGGUAUUGCUUAAUUUUAGCUAUUGGAGUCUUUUGGUUC